AUGUCCCACGCCCAAGACCCCACCAUCGGCGACGACGAGCUCGCCACCACCAAGACUGCCGGCUACAACCCGGGAGAGAAGAAGACGCUCGACGAGUACACCAAGCUCGACGCAGAGGACGAGUCGCUCGCAAGGUGGAAGGCCAGCCUUGGUCUCGACACCGCCUCGGCCGCCGUCGACCCAAACGCUCCCAAGCUCCAGCUCCACAGCAUCUCGCUCGUCUCGCCCUCGGCGCCAGGCGGUGCCGUCUCCAUCGACCUGCAGCAGCCAAAAGAGCAGCUCGAGGCGCUCAAAAAGAACCCGCUCAACGUCAAGGAGGGCGUCGACUACAGCGUCAAGAUCGUCUUCAAAGUCGGCAAUGAGAUCCUUUCGGGCCUCAAGUACGUCCAGGUCGUCAAGCGUGCCGGCGUCACCGUCGACCGCAUGGAGGAGAUGAUUGGAUCGUACGGCCCGCGCGCCGAGCCGUACGAGAAGAAGUUUGCGUCCAACGAGGCCCCCAGCGGCAUGCUGGCGAGGAGCGGCACCAACACCGUCCGCAGCAGGGUGGUCGAUGACGACGGCAACGUCUUUGCCGACUGGACGUGGGCAUUCAAGAUCACCAAGGAGUGGUGA